AUGAAAGCGGAAGAGGCUGAAGGCACCGCGGUGCCCCUAGCGAGCAUUCCAUCUGCGGGUCUCGUUACAACGGAAAACCUCCCCCCUGUCCAUCCCAAAUGGGGUCCGCAGGAUACCCUCUGUACCAAGCUAUUUGGGCCAUGGGAUAAUCUGCCUUGCCACAAUCACAUCCAGGAGGGUCGACUCCUACGCGACUUGGACGAUGUCAUAGUUCUUUUUGAGACGCAGAUCCACCACAGCGACGCCGGCUUCCGCGCCUGGCGAGAACGACACCAGCAAGCCAUGGAUGCUGGACUGGCUGAGAUCCCCACAUAUCCGUACCUUCAGAGAGUCCGAAAUGGCAAGCGCUCAUGGAACAAUGAUGUGUGGGAGCAGCGGUACUUUUAUCUCGUCUAUCAACGCCAGCAAAUUAUCAUGGAGCGCCUGUCUCGACUGCGAGCAUUGCCUCGAUAUGCCCGAGAGGACUUCUUUGGCGCUUACCCUGCGCCUCACCGGGCGAUGCUCAACAAACGCGGUAAGGGACGGUACACUCGGCCUCUUAAGCUGCGAUGCGACUGGUGGAGGUCGGUGAAUUUCCUCCUGGAGAGAGCAUCUCUGAGGUGGGGAAUGGACGCGGCAGCGCUCAAGGCUACCUUUUGGGCGGACGAAUACACAUCCAGCGUCAAGAAACAAGCACCAGAAUGGGAGGACCCGGUCAAGGAAGAAGACCAAGCUGGGCGAGGCAUUCGGAAGGACAAGAUCGAGUCGCUUGAGGAUGCUGUCGGACUGGCUGCGAACCUGCUAUGCAAGAGUGAGGAGUUGAGACGUAUUGGAAUAGUACCUAAUGUACACCUUGCUGCAUUAUUACCAUUGACGUACCUAGUAGGUAGUAUUGCCAGCAAGUGCAUACUACCUAGCUUUCUUAUGUCAGACGGUAAACAUUAA